AUGUCUGAAUCAGAGAGCCCCGCGCAGGUGCCCGAUGACCAGCCAAACCCCGUCCUCGUUGGGCCCGGAUUAAAGGCUCUCAAAAAUGACGCGUACACUCAAGCGACAAAUGCGACACCCAGUCUGGAGAAGACGUCGAGCGAGGCCCCUUCAUACUUUAACAAUCUCCCCAGGGCCAACGCUGUAACCGCCGACCCGUCUGAGACUAAGUCAGAGCCAGUGCAGACUGCAGAGAGAGCAUCAUCCGGCAUAGAUUUGCUGCGCCGCUUAAGCUUGACCGCUGAAUCUCCCGAGACUGAUCCACGCCUAGAACACCCAGGACUUCGCUUGAGUGGCCGUCUCAUCAGUGCCGCUUUCUGCAUACCAUACAAGCUCAGCUUUCGAUCGGGAUCAGACUGGACGCUCAAAUCGCGCUCCGGUACUUCGGCGCUGUUCGAUUCAUUUGCACAUCUUGCAUCUGAUGAGACAUCUUGGUCUCACACCUUAGUAGGCUGGACCGGAGAGGUCGAGCCUGAUGUGGACAUGAAAGCACCCUUGCAGCAAAUACAUCCCAAUUCUGUAGUCGCACCUCUAACCCCCAGUAACCUUGUUGCCAACCAAGCAUUGAACAAGGCUGCCGCACCGGUUCCCGUGGACGGAACCAAGAAGCCACCCGCUCAUCCGCUGGUAGAGGGAAUUAGUGUCACCCAACAGGACCGAGAACGACUCGAUGAACAAUUGAGCUCAGGCCGUCAUGGCCGGGUAUUGCCUGUGUGGUUGUCGGAUGCAUCAGAAGAACCAGAAGAGACUAUUAUGCUGAAAGACCAAGGGAGAUGGCGCCGUUAUGCCGAACGUGAGUUAUAUCCUCUACUCCACUACAAGCAACAUGGCCCGACAGAUGGCCGAUCCGAGCGACGGUGGUGGGCCGACUACCUGCGCCUGAACCAAUUGUUUGCGGAUCGCAUUGUGCAGGAAUAUCAAGAAGGAGACGUGGUCUGGGUCCAUGAUUAUCAUUUAUUUCUUCUACCCAGUCUGCUGCGGCAACGUAUCCCGAAUAUCUACGUGGGAUUCUUCUUACAUUCGCCUUUUCCAAGCAGCGAAUUCGUCCGGUGUCUUGCAAAGCGCAAGGAGAUCCUGGAGGGAGUCCUGGGUGCCAACAUGAUUGGAUUCCAAACAUUUUCCUAUUCUCGACACUUUACCUCGUGCUGCACACGUGUUUUGGGCUUUGAGUCCAACUCCGCCGGGGUGGAUGCCUACGGCGCCCAUGUUGCAGUAGAUGUCUUUCCUAUUGGCAUCGACGCACGUUCAAUUCAAAAAGCCGCCUUUGGGGCUCCGGAUAUCGAGAAGACUGUGUUGGGCAUUCGCAAGCUCUACGCUGGAAAGAAAAUCAUCGUCGGCCGCGAUCGACUCGACAGUGUUCGCGGCGUCGCGCAGAAGCUACAGGCAUUCGAGAUUUUCCUGGAGCGCUACCCGGAAUGGCGUGACAAAGUCGUCCUCAUCCAGGUGACCAGUCCAACUAGCGUGGAAGAGGAGAAGGAAGACGACAACAAGAUUGCUGGCCAAAUAUCCAAUUUGGUUUCGACCAUCAACGGAAGAUUUGGCUCUUUGAGUUUCUCGCCCGUGCAGUACUAUCCGCAAUACUUAUCUCCACGCGAGUAUUUCGCUCUGUUGCGUGUAGCCGAUGUCGGCUUGAUCACUACGGUGCGAGAUGGCAUGAACACAACGAGUCUGGAAUAUAUUGUCUGUCAACAAACCAACCACAGCCCUUUGAUUCUUUCCGAAUUCUCCGGAACGGCGGGCACCCUGCCUAGUGCCAUCCACAUCAACCCGUGGGAUCUAGUCGGGGUGGCUGGAGCGAUCAAUCAAGCAUUGACUAUGCCAGCCGACCAGCGAAAGGAGCAACACCUCCAGUUAUACAAGCAUGUGGUGACCAACACAGUUUCCAUGUGGUCCAGGCAAUUCCUCAAUCGCCUACUGACCAACCUUUCGUCCUUUGACCAAUCCGUCGCUACACCUGCACUCGAUCGCGCAAAACUAAUGAAGCAGUACCGCAAGGCUCGCCGACGACUGUUCAUGUUCGACUACGAUGGCACAUUGACACCAAUUGUCAAGGAUCCCCAGGCAGCCAUUCCUUCAGAUCGGGUACUCCGUACUCUGAAGAGCCUAUCGGCUGACCCACGAAAUGCCGUGUGGAUUAUCAGUGGACGGGACCAGGCUUUCCUGGACGAGUGGAUGGGCCAUAUCCCAGAACUAGGAUUGAGUGCCGAGCACGGUUGUUUUAUCCGAAAGCCCGGAUCUGAGGAUUGGGAGAAUUUAGCCGAGAAAAGCGACAUGGGAUGGCAGAAAGAAGUGGUUGAUGUCUUCCAACAUUACACAGAGCGAACACAAGGUUCAUUCAUUGAACGGAAACGGGUAGCAUUGACCUGGCACUAUCGUCGUGCAGACCCAGAGUACGGUGCGUUCCAGGCUCGCGAGUGUCGAAAGGCUUUGGAGGACACUGUCGCCAAACGAUGGGAUGUGGAAGUCAUGGCAGGCAAGGCCAAUCUAGAGGUCCGGCCAACCUUUGUGAACAAGGGAUUUAUCGCCACCCGGUUGGUUGACGAAUAUGGCACGGCCCCGGGGAAGGCACCGGACUUCAUCCUAUGUUUGGGUGAUGACUUCACCGAUGAAGAUAUGUUCCGAGCCCUCAAGAAGUUUGAUCUACCACGCGACCACGUUUACUCAGUUACGGUGGGCGCCAGCUCAAAGCAGACCGAUGCCAGCUGGCACUUAUUGGAACCGGCCGAUGUUAUUGGGUCAAUUCAAAUGCUUUUUAGCAGCGCCAACCAAGAUCACUGA